GAAGGGCUGGAGAUCUGGAGAUCCUUCCAUAACACGUAUUUCACUAUAUUUACCGUGUUACAAAUGGUUUUACACAUUCAAUAAAAAAUCAGAUGAAAGGCUGCAUGCAAGAGAAAUGUUUUCGUUUAAAAAUUGCGUGACAAUCUAUACUUGGACAUGAUCAAUGGCGUGUUCAGAACGCCCCAUCACAUGACUCGAGCACUUCUGGUGAUGCGUAUCAUUGAACAUGAAAAUUUAAUUACUUUUCUUUGUUUUUAUCCGGUAGACAGAGAAAUAUUGUUGGAAUUAUAAUUAAGGUUGUUUCGAUUCUUGCUAAUUAUGCCAACUUACACCUCUGCCCAACCAGAGCUGUUCACAAAUCCUCCGGAAAAGACGAGCUCCGCGCAAAAGAAGGGACAACUCACUGAUGAGCAAGUUCAGCAGUAUUUCAGCGAGGGAUUCCUUUUAGUUCCAGAAUUCUUUGAAAAGAGUGAAUUGGAACCCAUCAUCACAGCUAUAUGUGAAUUAGUAGAUGGCCUGGCAGAAAAACUCUAUAGUGCAGGAAAAAUAAAGGAUAAGUACAAGAAUGCCACAUUUUUUGAUAGACUGAUAUUAAUUGAGAAGGAGUUCCCAGGGGCAGCAGUUCUGCUACAUAAGAAUGGAAUUAUGCCAAAAGCUUUUCAAGACCUAUGGAUGAAUGAAAGACUGCUGAAUGUCAUAGAACAGUUUAUUGGACCAGAAAUUGGUGGUCAUCCUGUUUGGAACUUGAGGACAAAGACUCCUAAAAACUCCCAAGUAACAGUUCCAUGGCAUCAAGAUGUGGACUUUGAAAAAGACAUCGUUCUUUGUGAAGUUCCAUUUGGUGGUGUUUUGUUUAUCAACAAUCUAGUUCCUCACAGGAGUUUAGAAAACAUAGACAAAAUUCGUUGGAGUUUGGACCUCAGAUGGCAAAGACCUGACAAGCCGAAUGGCUUUUAUGGACUUAAGGAAAACAUACUUCUGCGUACCUCAAAGGACCCAAACUACACGGUGGACUGGACCGAGUUUGCGUCUUGUGACAGGACUGAGUUACAACGAGGUCAUCAGGACGUGAAAACGAAAUUUGAAAAGGAAGAAAUCAAACUGAAACCCGAAGAAGAUCCUGAAUUUGACACAACUAUUAUUGGUCCCUGGAUGGGCCAGUGGGAGAUAGUGCAUCAUAACAAACACACUAUUAAAUACAAGGACCCGGGAGAUAACGAAGAAUCGUGGUCCAAUUAUCAAUCAACAUGGACCAAAGCAUAAGUUAAUACCAUCAAUGAAUGGAUCACAGUUAUAACAUAAUUGGAUUAGCAACUUCCUAUCAAAGUCCCUAAAUCAAGAUUUGAUCAUAUAAUGAAGCAAUAUUCCAGAUCAAUUUCAAAUAGAGAUGAAUUUUGAGGCGAAACGAAAUUCCCAUUAUUUGAAAAACGGCUGAUGUUGAGAAAAUCACAUCACGAAAUUACUGUUACGUAGAUGAUAAAAUUGUCUUUUCAGAGAAGCAGUUCGAUGGAAGAAUGAAAGAAAAUAGAGAGCCUAAUCUCCUCUUCAAUGUCAAAUAGAACGAUUUUAGUGAUGAAAUCAAUCUAAAAAGAUACAAAUAAAGUCGAAUACUUUUCUAGCUAACCUGUAAAAGAAAUCAGAAA